AUGGCCGACUUACUACUCCCCGAACCGUUCGCCAGCAUCCCUCGGGAGCCGCUAACCUUUGGACCUUCUCCGAUCCAGCCCCUCCCCCGCAUCUCCCAAGCCCUUGGUGGAAGAGUCAAUGUCUUUGCUAAACGCGAGGACCUCAACUCCGGUCUUGCCUUUGGAGGCAACAAGACCAGAAAGCUAGAAUACCUCGUCCCCGACGCCAUCUCCCAAGGCUGCAACACCCUCGUCUCCAUCGGGGGCAUCCAAUCCAACCACACGCGCCAAGUCGCCGCCGCCGCCUCCAAGCUCGGCCUGCACGCCGCUCUCGUCCAAGAACACUGGGUCCCCGACUGGACCGAUCCCGGCUACGACAAAGUCGGCAACAUCCAGCUCUCCCGGCUGAUGGGGGCCGACGUCCGUCUUGAACCGCUAGCCGGGUUCGGGAUCGAGCACAAGCAGACGCUGGCGAAACUCAAAGAUGAUCUGGAGAAGGAGGGAAGAAAGCCGUAUUAUAUCCCGGCUGGGGCGUCGGAUCACCCCCUUGGAGGGUUGGGGUUCGCGAGGUGGGCGUUCGAGGUGGUGGCGCAGGAGGAGGAGUUGGGGAUUUAUUUCGACACGGUGGUGGUCUGUGCGGUGACAGGGUCGACGAUGGCGGGCAUGGUGGCCGGGUUCAAGUUGGUUGAGAAGUUGGAACGCCACUCGGAAAAGCUGGGCAAGGUAAAUAAGAGGAGGGUGAUUGGGAUUGAUGCGUCCGCCAAGGUUGAGCAGACAAGAGCGCAGGUGCUGAGGAUUGCGAAGCAGACGGCGGCCAAGAUUGGGUUGGAGGAGGAGGAUAUCACGGAGGAGGAUGUCGUGCUGGAUGAUCGGUACCAUGCGGGGGUUUAUGGGGUGCCGGACGAGAGGACGAUUGAGGCUAUCAAGUUUGGGGCGCGGACGGAGGCGUUCAUUACCGAUCCGGUGUAUGAAGGCAAAAGUCUGGCGGGCAUGAUGGAUAUGAUUAAGAAUGGGGAGAUUGACGCGGGAAGCAAUGUGCUGUAUGCGCACCUUGGAGGGCAACUGGCACUGAAUGCGUACUCCGCUUUGGGGUUGGAAUAA